AUUCAGAUAAAUUGCUGCUGCUUGUAAGCGGAAUCCCCUGCUUGAGAGUCCCAGGGAGGGAAAUGCCGAGGCGAGGAGCGCCGUAAACUCAGCCAGGAGGGGGAUUAAGGAGCCUGGGCGGCAGCCCCUCCGGCUGCGUUUAAAAACCAGGGGUGCCUCUUGGCAAUCCUCGGCAGCUGAAUCGGUGGCUUUUCGAGGCCACUUGCGAGGAGCCGCCUCUGGGCUCGGAGGGAGCGGGCGAAGAUGAAGGUAACCUCUCUCGCCUCCCGUCAGCUGAAGCAGCUGCUCCGUAAGGAGCCCGCCCGGUGCCUGGUGCUGGAUUGCCGGCCGUACCUCGCCUACUCGGCCUCUUGCCUCGGAGGAUCGCUCAACGUGAACCUCAACUCCGUGGUGAUCCGCCGCGCCCACGGGCGCCCCGUGCCGCUCCAUUUCGUGGUGCCCGACGAGACAGCUCGCGGGCGGCUGCUCUUGCCACCGGCGGCUUGUCCGGAGGGAAGCGGCGGCGAAGAAGGAGGAGGGGACCGGGACGGGGAUGGGGUCUCGCCUCGGCUGCUGAAGGCGGUGGUCGUCCUGGACCAAAACACUCGCCACUGGCGGAAGCUGAAGAAGGACAGCACGGCUCAGAUCGUGGUGAACACGCUGCUGGCCAGCCUGCCGGAGACCGGAGCCAAAGUCUGCUUCCUGAAAGGAGGUUAUGAAACCUUCUAUUCACAGUAUCCUGAGUUCUGCGUGGAUGCAAAACCUGUAUCCCAGGAGAGGAGUGAAACAGAGAAAAGCAGCAACAGCCUCUGCGAGAAGCCGAGCAUCCACCACAAACCAGCAUAUGAUCAGGGUGGCCCAGUGGAGAUUCUCCCUUUCUUGUACCUUGGCAGUGCCUACCAUGCUUCCAAGUGUGAGUUCCUUGCCAACCUGAACAUCACUGCCCUCUUGAAUGUCUCCAGGAAAAGCUCAGAGCCCUGUACAGACCAAUACAGCUAUAAAUGGAUUCCGGUGGAGGACAGCCACACUGCUGACAUCAGCUCCCACUUCCAGGAAGCCAUUGAAUUUAUUGACUGUACCAGACGGGCAGGGGGCAAAAUCUUGGUGCAUUGCGAAGCUGGGAUUUCUCGCUCUCCCACGAUCUGCAUGGCUUAUCUGAUGAAAAUGCGGAAGUUCCGCCUGGAGGAGGCUUUUGAUUACAUCAAGCAGCGGAGAAGCCUGAUCUCGCCAAACUUUGGCUUCAUGGGCCAGCUGCUACAAUAUGAGGCAGAAAUAUUGUCUUCAACUCCAAGCCCUCCCGUCACCUCUUGCAAAAGGGAUGCUGUGUCCUUCUUUGCAGAAGAGCUGACUCGGAGCAAAAGCUUUGAAGGCUCUUGUUUUGCUUUUCCUACCUCAGUUUUGAAUUCUGUGCCCAUUCACUCACCUGUCCAUCAGCUAAAGCUGAAUCCAAUUCCUGCAACAUCAUCCUGCUGGACUCUCCUAGGAUCAAGAGACAAUACAGUCCCAUGACCCCAGAAAACAAAGACUGAGAAGGAGACAUUUCAUAUCCACGCAAUACAGAGGGCCUCAGAAAUUUCAUCUAAACUGAAAUGUAGGAUAACAUUGACAUGGAGUCAUGAUUUGAUGCAUUUCAAUGGGGGCUAUCUAUGCACUUUGAAAUUGUUCUUUUGUGUUGAGCCCACCUAACUCCUGCUUUUAGUUCAAAUUACCCUAAAAUUCAUUAUGGGUAAAAACAUAUUUUUACAGACACUGGCUAGAUCAAGCUUUUCAAAAGAGUGAAUGACUUUAGUACCAAAAAAAGUACACCCUGAGCUUUGUAACAUGACUUCUGGAAUAUUUGUGCAUUCACUACUGUACCUCCAGGCCGUAUUGGAGCAGAGAGAACCAUGUUAAAAGAGGCCACUCACUCAGACCUUUCUGACUGCUUCAUGCUUUCCCAUCCCACUUCUCUCUUAAUUAUAGCCUUGUUUUAAAGUGUAAGCAAUAAACAGCUGUGUUAGGAAAGCAGAGCUGUAAUAAGAAGCACAAUUUUACAAAAGAAGCAAACCCUGACAUCUUUGGUGGUGAUGAAAACUUGAACACUUGCUUUUUCCUGUUUGUGUGGUUUCUUUUCCAAAUGUCCUGUGCUGGAGGGGUACAAGCAGGUUGGACAGUGGGAGAAGAAACCCUCUCUUCCUCACAUCCACCAGUCCUCCGUUCCUUAUAGCUGUACAACUGGAGUCAGGGUUUGAGGUCACCCUUCCCAAGAAGCCUCAGGUGCAUUAUUUUCUGGGUUGGGUAACAGAAGUACAGACAGCAGGCUAGAGGAGACAUGCCUAGUAUUGCAAGGUUGUAACCCUGUAGGGAAAGGGUGGGGAAACCAUAGCCUUUGAUGUUUUGGACUGCAAGCCCCAUACUUCUUUACCAUCUGAUAUGUUGUCUGCAACUUCUGAGAGGCAAAGUCCAAAAUAAAUAGAGGACCAAAGAUCCCACCCCUUAUCAUGGGACUCCACUUAUCCAACUGAAUCUCACUUGCAUUUCCAGAUGUCCUUUAUUUCACAUCUCAUUCUUUAAAAAAACAUUUUGGUCCUAUCCAGUUGCAAUGGGUUGCAACAUAUUUAGUUAGAGGAGAUCCAUCCAAAUCAGUGGGACUUUAGUUAGUCAUUGGUUACUAUGUUCCUUUAGUUUGAAUGGAUCACAAAGGUAAAUGCGACUAAAUCUGGAUUCAACCCAUUACAGUAGUUUCAUAUGUUUCCUCAAUCCAUAGGAUACUCGACAACUAUGUCAAACUUGACCCAGAUGAUUAAAACACAGAUUAUAGCACAGGUAUAGAUCCAUUGCACAUUUUAAUAGAGCCAUACGUAGGAUAUGCCUUUGAGUCAGCAGGCCACAAAAAAUAAGCAGAAGGUGCUGCAUAUCAUAUGUGUGAGUAAUAUUUGCAGCGGACUGCAGCCUUGGGCCUCUGUUGGGAAGAUGACAGCUUCUUUCUAGACAACAUGCUUUCACUAAGAACAGGACCUGUAAAUGAAAAGCAAUUGGUUAUACAAAAGAAGGUAAUUAAAUUCUUCCCCAAGGGAAAUUUAUUUACCUGAGUCCUUGCAGUUUGAAUUGUGUGGGGGAAAAUGAACUUAAAAUUUAAAGUGUGUGUGGGGGAGAUAAUUGCAAAUAAUGCAUCUCCCGUAGGAAGUGUUAUCAAUGAUGUCUAUAUGAUGUGGUCUUGUUGAGCAACAUGUGGUUUGCUGAUCCAUGUGUUGAUCUCUUCCAUGUCAUCUUUCUAAAUGCGGAAUAAUUUAUUUCCUAAUCAAUGGGGAACAUAUUUCUUUUUCUUACUGUAGAUUGGUGUAUCUAGUUCGUGUGUCUGUAGGUAGAUUUUAUGUGCUGCUGCUGUUCUGCCACAAUUUAUUUUCCUAAAUAUAAGAAAUGGCAAUAAUUGCCUUGAAAACUUGUGAAUGUGAAAACUUUUUUUAAAAAAUAAAGUUGUAAAAUAA